UUCGCUUGUGAAUGAGCUGCAGAGCGCAGCGCGCACCUCCCGGAGUCCAGCUGAAGUCAGGAGCGUCAAGGGAGGAAAGAAAAGUUCCCAAAUGGAAGUCUCUGGUGGAAUCAGACAUUUGUUAUUUUCCUAUGUGCUCAUUAACGGAAUAUUAAUUACCCUAGAAGCCAAAGAAGAGGUGCUUUUGGAUAUGAGGGCAGCAGGAAGAGAGCUGGGCUGGUUGACAUGGCCUCCAAAUGUUGAAAGGGAAGGCUCUCAAAAAAGCCAAGUUGGGUGGGAGGUCCACCAGAGAACCCUGAACGGCUCUCAGUUUUACACCUACCAGGUCUGCAACGUGGAGGAGCGCGAGCAGGACAACUGGCUGCGCACCACCUUCAUCCAACGCCAUCCUUCGGCGUCGCGGGUUUUCGUGGAACUUAAGUUCAUCGUACGCGACUGCAACUCAUUCGGCGAAGGAACACUGACGUGCAAAGAGACCUUCAACCUUUUCACGUCCGAGUCGGACGCGGACGUAGGCACCACCUUCCGCAAGGGCCAGUUCAGGAAGGUGGCCACCAUAGCUCCAGAUGAGAUCACCAAGAGAAACGAGAUGCACCUCAACACCGAGACACGAUACGUGGAGAACUUGUCUCGAAAAGGUUUCUACUUGGCUUUUCAAGACAUCGGCGCUUGCGUUGCUAUUUUCUCUGUUCGAGUGUUCUACAAAACAUGCCCCGCCACAGUAAAAAGCCUGGCUGUGUUUCCUGAGACCGUAGCCAGAGGUGGCGAGAAGCAGGUGCUCAGGGAGGUGAGCGGGACGUGUGUGGAGAAUGCCGAGAGUGAGGAGCAACCUCGCAUCUACUGUACUUUGGAUGGGGAGUGGGUGGUACCGGUUGGACAGUGCCAAUGCAAACCUGGCUUUGAAGAGGCUGAAGACUCAUGUCGAGAAUGUCAGCCAGGCUUCUUCAAAGCCGAUGCGUCCAGCAGCAAGUGUGAGCCAUGUCCUGACAACACCCAGAGGCUGAACCCGGGGGCUUCGUUUUGUCCCUGCAUGGCCGGCUUCUACCGGGCUCACACCGACCCCAUCACUGGACCCUGCUCAGGACUCCCCUCUGCCCCUAAAGAUCUGGAGGCCACUUCCAAUCACCUCCCUGCAGGAAAACUACUCCUCUCCUGGAACCCUCCGGAAUACACCGGAGGUCGAGACGACAUCACCUACAGCGUUUUGUGCCAGCGUUGUGAGAGCUUCGAGUGCAAGCCCUGUGGAGAGAAAAUUCGCUACGAUCCAGCCAGCAUGGGUCUGACUGUCACCAGGGUGUCGGUGAGCGAGCUGGACGCUCACUUCAACUACACCUUCACGGUGGAGGCGCACAGUGGCGUGUCUGUGCUCGUCAAUGAGGCAGCACCCCGAACUGCCCGGCUGUCCUCCACCACUCUGACUACAUCCCUGCAGCACACAGAUCCACCCAGAAUAGCCUCCAUGCGACUGGUCGAACGGGACUCCACCAGUUUGUCCCUUUCUUGGGACGUAUCCCCCCGACAGCUGGUCCAAAGCCCAUCUGUCCACUAUGAGCUUGCCUACCGCAAGAAGGACAACAAACUGGAUGUGACUACAUACGUUGUGCUCAAACUGGAGAGGAGCUCUGUAAAGAUCAGUGAUCUGGCUCCGGGCACCGCCUACCUGGUCAAGGUUCAGGCUUUUAGCAGCGACGGGAGCUCCGGAGGAUCCAGCGUGGAGGAACAGUUUGAGACGCUCUCUGAUGAGCACCUUAAUAAAACCGGAGUGAUCCUCACCUCGGCGGUUGGAGGAGCGAUCAUGCUGCUCCUGGUGAUUGUGAUUCUGGUCCUCUGCCGACGAAGAAGCAACUCUCACGCUCGACAAGGACCAGAGGAUGCCUACUUUUCUAAUCCAGAGCAAUUAAAGCCGCUGAAGACCUACGUGGAUCCGCAUACAUACGAGGACCCCAACAUAGCUGUCCUCAAGUUUGCCACUGAAAUCCACCCGAGCCACAUAACCAAACAGAAAGUUAUUGGAGCUGGGGAGUUUGGGGAGGUGUACCGGGGGAUUUUGAAAGGCCCUGGGAGGAAGGAGGUGGCCGUCGCCAUCAAGACGCUGAAACCUGGCUACACCGAGAAACAGAGGCAGGAUUUUCUGAGUGAGGCCUCCAUUAUGGGUCAGUUCACCCACCAGAACAUCAUCCGUCUGGAGGGGGUGGUCACUAAGUUCAAGCAUGCAAUGAUUGUGACUGAGUACAUGGAGAACGGAGCGCUGGAUAGAUACCUGAGGGACCACGAUGGUGAGUUCACGUCUUACCAGCUUCUGGGAAUGCUUCGGGGCAUCGCUGCUGGCAUGAAAUACCUGUCUGAAAUGAGUUACGUCCACCGUGAUCUGGCUGCCCGGAACAUCCUCGUGAACACCACCCUGGAGUGUAAAGUCUCUGACUUUGGCCUGUCCCGAGUGCUGGAGGACGAGCCAGAAGGGACGUACACCACAAGUGGAGGUAAGAUUCCCAUUCGCUGGACAGCACCAGAGGCCAUAGCCUACAGGAAGUUCACCUCAGCGAGCGAUGUGUGGAGCUUUGGCAUCGUCAUGUGGGAGGUGAUGGCAUUUGGUGAAAGACCUUAUUGGGACAUGAGUAACCAUGAGGUGAUGAAGGCGAUCAACGAGGCAUUCAGGCUCCCCGCACCGAUGGACUGUCCAUCUGCCGUCUACCAGCUGAUGCUUCAGUGCUGGCUUCAGGACCGCUCUAAGAGACCGCGGUUCGGGGACAUCGUCAGUCUGCUGGACAAACUUCUCCGCAGUCCAGACUCGCUGAAGACCAUUGCGGACUUUGACCCACGAGUGUCCAUCCGCCUGCCCAGCACCAGCGGCUCAGACGGUUCGCCCUUCAGGUCGGUGUCUGAAUGGUUGGAGUCCAUCAAGAUGAAUCAGUAUGUGGAGAACUUCACUCUGGCGGGGGUCAUCUCUAUGGACCAGGUUCUGCAGAUGAAGACUGAGGAUAUUAGGAAAAUCGGAGUGAGAUUGCCGGGCCAUUUGAAGCGGAUAGCCUACAGCAUCCUGGGUUUAAAGGACCAGACCAGCACUUUGAGUGUGUUUGCGGUGUGAUCCUUACAAUGAAGGGAGCUAAAAUUGGGACAGAGCAGCAGGCAGCCCUUUGAACUCUGAACUGAGCUGGAGUAGGACUGCGGAGGACGGCUUUGGAUCAACAGAACCGAGACAACCGUGCCACCCUUUGGGCCAAAUGAGUCGGAUUAACUUAUUGUACAUUAUUAAACUCUUUUUUUCAUCAGGGAAUGGAGCAAAAACCACACAAAUGUGUCAAAUCUCCUUUUUUUUGUAUGGAAAUAUUUGAUUGCUCCUGCCUUUUUUUUUUAAUAUUUAUCAAUUUCUGCUUCACAAAAGUGAACAAUCAGGCCUUUUCAGCCUCGAUAACUUCCACCCUGUGUUUGUUCCAGACAGAAUCAAACAAACGGGAGGAACUUUCUAUAAAUGAGCAGCGGAGCCCAGUCAUGGUUCCGUUUGUGGUUGGUGCUGAUGUCAAAGAAUUUCCCGUUUUUUCCGGCACUUUGCUCCAUUUCCUGUCAGGACGGAGCGUUGUAGAGCUGAAAUGAGCUCAGGUUCGCCCAGAAAGAAAAAAAAAACCUGGUGAUGUUUCUGGCUUCCUUCUGCUUCUAAGCAGAAAUUAAGCUAUGAUCUUUUUUUUGAGUGAUGUUCAUUAAAGAAAAAGACACUUAUGAGGUACUCUGUGUACAGAUUCACAUUUGAAUCCCUCUUUUUAAUUUUCCCGGUUACUAAAAACCUUAGGAAUAUGCACUUGGAUCAAGGAUUGCUCUCUUUUUGUGGGUGAAUUGCAAGCAGUUAUUCUCAAUGAUAGUGUCAAAAUCAGAAUAUAAGUGGAAAUAAAGUGGUUAAGCGUAACCCUCCUCCUUUCUGAGUCUCUUUCCCGGAAGUCCUCAUUUUCUCAUAAUUUUGCAAACUUUUCCAGGAUAUUUAGAGCAAUCCUUUGACACUCGUAAGCUUUCAUAUAUUUAAAUAGAUAUUAAAGUGCCUCUUUAUUGUGCUCUUAAUGGAUGACUGCAAAUCUCUGUGUUACUGAUGAACUCCUUUCUUUACUUGAAUUUUUACUGUAUUGUUUAAAUGUCUAAUUCUGUUGUAGCUGAGAGACCCAAUGCUUUAAAAUAAAGGGAUUUUUAUUUUUUUAGUUUUCUGUUGUUUUUUUUUUACUGGUUGGAGUUUCAUUUUGUAAAUUCUGUAUAAUUCUCAGUAUUAAUCGUGUCUAAAACUGGUUUAUUUUUCUAAGCUCACAUCACUUCCUGAUUUCCAAAUUUUCUUCUUCAAAAGAGCAAAACCCUUUUCUUCUGCAGACUCCUGACCAUUUGCCUACUGUUUUAUACUGUAUUUAAUAGUCUUAUUUAUUUUUACCUUUUUAUUUAUUCGCCCAGAUAAACACUGAGUUGGGUUUAUAGUUGGUGGCUGUUCAUUAAUCAACAAUAAUGAGAAGAAACAUGUUCCUGUUCGUGUCUGAGAUUGCAUCUGUGGAAAAAUAAAGUCAAACUGAGUUCUUUGAACGUC